AUGGGAUGUGAUUCGGAAAGGCCAUCUGUUUUAUUGUUUGUUUAUGGGACUCUCCAGCGUGGUGAGAACAACUAUGCUUGGUGGAUGGCAGACCCUUGCCAUUCCAAAUUCAUAGGGACAGCGCAGACGCGAGAACGGUACCCGCUGUUUGUAAAUUUACUCCCCGGAUCUCACAGCUGUUCGCCGUGUCUGCUUGACAAACCUGAAGUUGAAGAGGGAGAGAGAAAUGGGAGCAAUAACGUGAUGGGCAGUAUCAACCAUAGUGGUACUACUUCUAUCGAUAAUAAUAAUAGUCGUGAAGGUGAUGGUAGGGAUAAUGUUGCUGCAUCUCACUUUGUUGUGGGUGAGUUGUUUAUGGUGACGGAAACUAUGAAGAGAUGGCUUGAUGUCCUUGAGGACGUAGAGAAGGGCACGUAUACUACUGGUGAUAUUGAUGUUAUUCCCCUGGAUAAUGAGGAAAUAGUAGAGAGCAUGCUUCAUCUUAAUGAAGAUGGGACGGUAAAAGCACUAGUAUACUUUCGUCAGAAAGACUACCCAGAAGAUUGGAACGCCAUUGUUCCUGUAAGAAGUACGCGACUUCUACAACGGUUUUCUGCGGCAGAGUGUCUGCGUGAGUAUGGAUCUCGUUUUAAUGGGUGUCCUGCCCACUUGCGUUGGGCAGCGGAGCUCCAGGAAGGACUGAAUAAAAUUGGAUGUCCGUAUAGUGGUGUCUGCGGUGUACCUAUACGUCCUAAACCAAUUGUGUUCUUUAUUAUUGAUGGUAUUGGAGACGCCACAUACGCGGAGCUCAACAACCGCACACCUCUAGAGGCAGUUGCUGGUGUGCCUUUUGGAGAGUAUAACCAAACAAAUGAGGUACAGGAGACAAGUAAAGAGGGUGAACAUUCUAGGAACAGUAACAAUAACAUCGAGGAAAAUAAUAAUAUUAAUAACACUCGACAUGUGUGCGUUUCGUCAGGUAUUAAUGUGGUUGCAGAGAACGGAGUGAAUGGGCUUAUGGAUGUUUACGAAUCUGGUGUGAGUUGUGGCAGUGACACAGCGCACCUUGCGCUCUUUGGUUACCCACCAAAGCAGUACUACGGAGGUCGAGGGGCUUUUGAGGCGCUUGGGGCCGGUCUUGCGCUUGAUGAGACGGACAUCGCCUUCAAGAGCAACUUUUCCGUUUUGGAUGAAGUUACGGGUAUAGUGACCCACCGCCGUUGUGACCGUGAUUUUACCGCAGAAGGCCCUGUUCUGGCCGCAUUCCUCGAUGGAACUGUCAUUGACACCGAUGACUACAGUGAUGAUGAUGACAACAACGAUGCUGAUAACGACAAGAACAACACGGACGAGAAGAGAGAGGAGACGCCGCGGCACACGGUGCGGGUGCAGUACGCGACGGAGCACCGCUGCGGGGUCGCCAUCACCGGCCGCGGCCUCUCGCCGCUCGUGACGGGCACCGACCCGCUCGCCGACGGCCGCCCGCUCCGCCACUGCGCCCCGGCGGUGGGCCCCGCGCACAAAGACUACGCCGCCGCCCGCUACACCAGUCGCGUGGUGAACGCCGCCGCCCGCCGCCUCACCGCCCGGCUGCGCGAUCAUCCCAUCAACAUCGCACGCAUGGCGGCAGGGAAGCCGCCGGCAAACGCGUUGCUUCUCCGCGGCGCCGCCACUCGCGGGGAAGUGCCGUCAUUCGCCCUGCGACACGCGUUGAUAGGCGCCGUCGUGGCACCAACGUGCAUUAUUCGAGGACUCGCCGCCAGCUGCGGACUUCACCCCGUGCAGGCACCAGGCGCCACAGGCGACUACCACACCAAUGUACGUGCAAAGGUGGAAACCGCACUUCACACACUAGGUAUACGUUCUCACCACACAGAAACAAUGGAAAAAGAGAAAGAGGAGGAAAAGGAGAAAGAAGAAAGUGGCAAUAACUUUGUUGUGAUUCACGUCAAGGGUGUUGACGACGCCGGGCACGACAGAAGUCUUGAGAAAAAGAUCAUGAUGCUGCAGAAGUGCGGUGAGGCAAUGCAACAACUCUGGGACGCAGUGCCUGAUGGAAGUACUAUGGUAGUACUCGCCGACCACUCUACACCCGUCACACUCGGUGACCACUCCUGCGAACCCGUCCCAGUCUCUAUUGCAACAAAGGGAAAUAACAAUAUCACACGGGAUGAUGUGAUGUACUACAGUGAAGUGGAGAGUAGCCGUGGGGCACUCGGACGGUUUCGUGGUGAAGAGUUGAUUGGUGUGGUCAAACGCGUUCAUCAUUGGUACCACUACGCCCCACAGUGUGUGAAAUCAAAUGAGUAA